GAUUUUAAAUAUUUAUUUGAGAGCGUCUAAUAAUCUAAAUAGUAAUUGUUUAAAGUUGGAAAUCUGAAGAGAAGUAGCAUUUAUCAGACUAACAAACAAAAUUAUUAUAGGCAAAUUUAGCUCGGUGGUUAGCGCAUACACUCAAAUAAAACACAUUUGGUAUUUCGAUAAUCAUUCAUUACGUUGUAACCUUCAAAUUCACACGUUAUCUGUAUCACGCGCGAGUUGGACGUCCGAUGCGUCGUCCCUUUCUUUUAGGGGAAUACACCGUUCAAUGUCGUGCACUCCAUUCACUCAAUCGGUCACCGGAGCCAUAGACACCGUACUUUCUUUGCGUUCUCCGUUGUACGCAUGCGGUAACAGUGUCAACACACAGCUCUCUCCGGCGUGACCCAAUAAAUUAAACAUUUAUAACAAAAUGCGGCCGUCUUCGCAUUUAGAAUAUUGGGGAAUAGUGGCCGCUGUGCUAGUUCUAUUAUAUGUUGUGAAAAAAAUAUGGGAUAUCGUAUACCUGUUUGUCAUCGGACCCGUUGUGAAUAAAGUGGACGUGAAGUCCUACGGGAAGUGGGCACUGGUUACUGGAAGUACGGAUGGGAUUGGAAAAGAAUAUGCAAGACAGCUGGCGAAACGUGGUUGUGAUAUCGUUCUAGUCAGUAGAUCAUUGGAUAAACUGAAGACUGUGGCUGAAGAAAUAGAGGGCGAGUUCAAAGUUCAAACUAAGAUAGUACAAAUAGACUUCUCGGGUGAUGUUAGCAUCUAUGAUAAACUCUCGAACGAGAUUAAAGACCUGGAAAUUGGUACAGUCGUCAACAAUGUCGGACUGUCAUAUCCGUACCCUGAAUAUUUUCUGGAUUUACCAGACUGGCCUAACUUGAUCACAAAUUUGAUCAACAUCAACGUUGUGUCUAUGGUCAGAGUCACAGCCCUCGUCUUGCCUGACAUGGUGAAAAGGGGGAAAGGAAUCGUCAUCAACAUUGGAUCUGCUUCUGCUGACGUUCCAUCUCCACUUUUGACAGUAUAUGCUGCUACUAAGGCCUUCACUACUAAAUUCUCUGAGGGAUUAAGACAGGAAUACGCCAGAAAAGGGAUAUUGGUUCAGCAAGUGGCUCCUGGUUUUGUAGCUACCAAUAUGUCGAAGAUUCGCAGAACAUCUUUCUUUGCUCCCAACGCGAAAACCUACGUUGCUUCAGUCCUCAAUUUGCUAGGAACUGCAGACGAUACCAAUGGUUAUUUCUCUCACUAUGUCCUCGUAAAGUCUGUCAGAUUCUUCUGGGCAAUAUCUGAUGGCUUCACAGUUUGGAUGAGCAGGCGCAGUAUGGAAAACAGCAGGAGAAUAAUGGUCAAAAAGGCAACAAAACUGGAGGCCUAACAAGAAGCGAAAAGUCAUUUUUAUUAGAUCAACAAUCAUACAAAAACAUUAUACCUAGUUAAUAGUGGAAAGCUCAUACAAAUAUUGUUAAUUUAUUUAUUAAACGGGCUCAAAUUAUUUUAUUAUAG